UCGACACGUAAGGCUUGCGCGUCCGUCCCCUAUAAUUUAUUAUGGUAUCAUGAUCCUCAUCAUCUGGACAACAUAACUAAAACUACAUUCCUCCUCAAACACGAAACACUUGCUUGCAAGGGGUCUUCUCUUUGUGCUGCAAACAAUCUAUUGUCCCCGGGAAUCUGCAAGCCUCAUGCCAUCCAGCUGAACAGCCCGUACCACUCGUUUGCGGUCAUCAGCAAACUUCCUUCUUCCUCCUAUCAAACGAUUGCCUGGAGCAUUCUAACGACCGCCCGACACGCCUCAUUGCAACUGAUCAAGACUUUGAUUCUCGACACCAUUAACGCAGGAUAUAAAUAUCCACAACUUCGAAGAUGGCGGCGGGCUCAGGGAGGAUCCUCCGCUACAUAUUAUUCGCUGUUUUUGGCACUGCUAUCAUUUACUUCAUUUCGACUUCCUCGAUACCCUCCUACGCGCAACAACAGAUACCUUCAACCGGGAAAUUCACCUGGGACCGAACAAGUACACAAACCAGUGAUGGAAAGCCUAAUUCCGCACACGACGCACUUGGUAGUGAGGCCUCCUCGAGUCCUGCCUCAGGGGUACCGGCCGCCUCGAAUUCUCAGUCUGCUGCGCCCUUGAACGGUAUCACCACCACAGAGUCCGCACUUCUCUCCCCACCAGCUCCUGGCGAACGUGUCAACGCCACGUUUGUCACGUUGGCAAGAAACUCGGACCUUUGGGAAAUCGCACGAUCCAUCCGACAGGUCGAGGACAGGUUCAACAGGAAUUACAACUAUGACUGGGUCUUUUUGAACGACAAGCCUUUUGACGAGACAUUCAAGAAGGUCACGAGUGCUCUAGCAUCUGGAAAGACGCAUUAUGGAGAGAUACCUACCGAGCAAUGGUCAUUCCCGUCGUGGAUUGAUCAAAAGAAAGCCGAAGCGGUUCGCGAAGACAUGCGUCGAAGGAAGAUCAUCUACGGCGAUUCCAUCAGUUAUCGUCAUAUGUGCCGGUUUGAAUCUGGCUUUUUCUUCCGUCACCCCUUGAUGUUGCAGUUUGAGUACUACUGGCGAGUCGAGCCGAGCGUCGAACUCUUCUGCGAUAUUCAUCAGGAUCCAUUCCGGGUCAUGAAGGACAACAACAAAAAGUACAGUUUCGUCCUCAGCUUGUACGAAUAUGUCGAGACCAUUCCGACCUUGUGGGACAGUACGAAAAAGUUCAUGAAAGCUCACCCCGAACAUCUUGCACCAGACAAUUCAUUAGCAUUUCUCAGUGAUGACGGCGGUGAGACGUACAACAAAUGCCACUUUUGGUCCAACUUUGAAGUCGGCAACCUCGAUUGGCUUCGAUCUAAGGCUUACAUUGACUUCUUCGAGAGUCUCGACAAAGACGGCGGCUUCUUCUACGAACGAUGGGGUGAUGCUCCGGUGCAUUCUAUCGCUGCUAGUCUUCUCCUCAACAAGAGCGAGAUCCACUUCUUCAACGAAAUCGCAUACUAUCACAUCCCUUUUACGCAUUGCCCAACAGGCGAUGAUGUCCGACUUAAGUUGCGUUGUCACUGCAAUCCUGCCGACAACUUUGACUGGAAGGGAUAUUCCUGCACAUCUCGAUACUUCGAUCUGAAUCAAUUGGCCAAACCUGAAGGAUGGAUGGACCAAGUAUGACUAUCCGUCGCGAAGAAGUUGGCUGGUACGCAUUCAGAUGCGGGUGCACCGGCUGCCAAGUCGGGCCUUGAUCCAGGAUGGGCAACAUUCUGGCAAUAUGCAUGCAUCUCCUUUGCGGUCUCCUUGGCCAUCCUUAUGACGCUCCUCAGAAUCCCUCGGGCCAGACGCAAGCUCUU